GUUAGUUCCGCUCCAGCGUUCACAGUUCAGCAUCCGACCUGACCACAGAAGCAGGACCGUACGUGAGUAGCAAUGUAUCUAUGAACUGAAUUUCAUUUAACUGUGCUAUCUGCUUGCUUGAAACUGGUACGGAUUUUAGACAAUGAUUCGUAUUGCGAUACUAAUCUUGCUAACGACGACGGAUGGAAAAAUUCUACGCAACAACGCUCUCAUGUCUCAAAUGGUCUCCAAUUUCCACAAAGACAGUUCCAACACCGAAAGAGACCUCGAACCUGUUGAGAGCAAAAAUGAACCAGUCCUCUCCAGAAUGCAAAAGCUUUUAUGCAAGAACUUCAAAACGAUACCUUGCGAACUGAUCACACAGGAUUCAACGUUACGGAAGCUAAUAGAGAAGUCGAUCGCACAAAUUAACUAUCGGAAACUGAAAAUGGAGAAAACGACGCAAGCUUUGCGGUACGUAACUCUGCACCCAUUUGUAAAAGAAGAGUAUUCCAAUUACGUUGGCGAUGACUACACUAAACACGCGAUAGAAAAAGUCCCAUCGAGACAUUUUAAGAAAACUAAAAAUGCUAAUUCGAAGCACACAACAGUGUACGGUAGGAAGAAUAUAAAGAAAUUCUAUCCCCACAAAGUAAAAUAUAGAGACAAAGAUAUCAAAAAGCGCUUAGGAGAUUAUUCGGAAGACAAAUUUUCAAUGUCAGAAGAGUUGCCAGACAUGACGCUUACUAAAAAGCAUCAACAUUUGUCGUACAAGGUGGAACCAGCUAACCCUCCAAUAUGGCGGAUUGACUACACCAAACACGGAGAGCCUAGCUACAAUAUGUUCUCAUUGGGAACAGACAGACAUGAAGAUAGAAUGAAAACAGAACAUGAUGCUGCUGCGAAGGAUAAUAUUUUAGAUCAAGCUCGAAGAAAGGAUGUCCUACAUUCUGAUAUUUAUAUUAAAAAUAAAUAUAAUGUGAAAAACUUUAAUUCUGAUCCAAUUGAAAAAUAAAUAUUUUUUGUAUCCGUC